AUGCCAGCUACUAUCCCUGUUGAAGAAGAAUCUGAUUUUGGAUAUGAUGAUGAGGAUAUAGAUUCUGAAUAUAGUGGAGAGUUAGAAAUUGACAAUUCAAGUGAUGAUACAUCAAAUGACAAUGAUGAGGCAUUUACUGAUGAAGGGAAUGAAGGGAUUGAAGGUUUGAAUAUAGAUGAGGAGUUGAAUGACAACUUGGAUAAGUGGGACAUGAUAGAUGAUAACAUAGGUAUUGUUGAUGGAGGUAAAGAUUGUAACUUACAUUCAGUGUUUGAAAAUAUCAAACAAUUCAGAUCUGCCCUUCAAGAAUUUGCAAUAAAAUGUGGCUUUAAUAUUUUGAGAUUGAAUAAUGAGAGGAAGAGGGUCAGAGUCAUAUGUGCUUCUGAUGGGUGCCCAUGGAGGGUACUUACAACCGUAUCUUAUAAUUCCAAUGCAACAUCUGGUUGGAUAGCAAAAGUACUUUCAGCUAGGCUUAGAGAAGAGCCUGAUAUAAGUAUUAAGAGUAUGAUGACAUCCAUACAAGAACAAUUUGGAGUUGUAGUACAUAAGCUACAGUGUUAUAGAGCAAAACAGAUUGCCAAGGGAGAGCAUUCAUGUAACCAUAUAGCUGCAUACUUUAAAUUGCCAGCAUAUUGUCUAGAUGGAUGUCAUCUGAGGGAAAGAUAUGGUGGAAUUAUAUUGUCUGCUGUCUCUGUUGAUGGAAACAAUUGCUUGUUUCCUCUUGCAUUUGCUAUUGUUGAAGUAGGGAACACAGCAACUUGUGAAUUUUUUUUACACAAUCUAGCUAAUGCACUUCAGGAUUCUAUGGAUUACAUGAACCUAACAUUUAUGACAAACAAGCAGAAUGGUCUUAUAAAUGCUAUCAGCAGUAUAUUUUCAGAUGCUCACUACAGAAUUUACUGUAGGCAUCUCUACAGUAAUUUCAAAGCCUCCUUUCCUGGAUUGUUAUUGAAGUCACUAUUUUGGAAAGCAACACAAGCAAGCUCCACAUGGGUUUAUGAGAGAGCAAUUGAAAAGAUGAAAGACACUAAUAUGGAAGCACAUGAUUGA